UGUAGUUGGAAAUGAGGUGUCCGUCUUGGAGUAGUCGACUUUUAAAAAGCAUCAGCAGCCCCUGAUAUGACGACUUCGCUAGUUCUGCAUCCACGCUGGGCGGACACAUUGAUGUACGUUUAUGAAAAAAGCCCGAAUGAAAACGGCCAGAAUAAAAGUCAAACAAUGGAGGGACUGAGCGGUAAUUGCCCUGCGACCCACUGCAGGGAUCUGAUGUCGCACCCUGCUCUGGGGCGACAUUCUGGCACCAUCGCGACCCACCAGAGCUCCGUCUACUCGGAUAUUUCUUCUACAGACACCGGGCGACAGUGUCCAGCACCACAAACAUCAAAUGCAUCUUUGAGCUAUGGUUAUCCAUUUGGAAAUCCAUACUAUGGUUGCAGAUUGUCUCAUUCUCACAACGUUAACUUGCAGCAGAAGCCUUGCUCGUACCACCCAGAGAAAUACGCGGAACCAAGUACGGCGCUACCUACAGAAGAACUGUCAACCAGAGCCAAAGAGUUCGCAUUUUAUCCCAGUUUUGCCAGCUCUUAUCAAGCUGUCCCCGGAUAUCUCGAUGUGUCGGUGGUACCCAGCAUAAGCGCCCACCCGGAGCCGCGUCACGACGCCUUGAUUCCCAUGGAGGGCUACCAGCAUUGGGCUCUCUCCAAUGGUUGGGACGGGCAGGUGUACUGCUCCAAAGAACAAACACAGUCAACUCAUCUUUGGAAAUCUCCAUUUCCAGAUGUUGUGCCGCUGCAGCCUGAAGUCAGCAGUUAUCGCCGAGGACGUAAAAAGCGUGUUCCUUACACUAAGAUCCAGCUAAAGGAGCUGGAGAAAGAGUAUGCAGCGAGCAAAUUCAUAACCAAAGACAAAAGAAGGCGCAUUUCGGCCGCCACGAACCUCUCAGAGCGUCAGGUCACCAUUUGGUUUCAGAACCGACGAGUCAAGGAAAAGAAGUUUGUCAGUAAAUCCAAGAGCAAUCACAUGCACUCCACCUGAAGCUCCUGAAAAAGCUAAUGAUUUCCCCUCCAAAAUAUCUCUGCAUAUAUUUACCUCUUGUAUAUUAAAUUGUUGCUGAAAAAAUAUCAUUUGUAGCACACUUUGCCCUAAUUUAAAGUAGGUCCUACAUCGUGUGAGUGACCACCGCCCAAAUGUUUUCGGUGUAGAGAUGCUUCAGCAAGAACUGUGAAAAUCACAAAACAAUUCGUCACAUUUGUUUUUUAUGAAUGUACAUAUAUAAAUAUAUAAUAUUUAAAACAAUAUCUGUAUUUCAAGAACAAGCAUUGCGCGUUUUCAUGUAUUUUUAAGCCAAAUUGUCAAAGAGACAUUCUUUGAUAA